CUGAGCCACAGUGUUGAACGGUGUUGACUGAUGAGUGCAGUGUGGUGGAGUCCGUCAGGCUUUUCUCUAACAUACAUCUAUUUGUAACUUUUCUUCUUCGGGGGUUAUUUUGUGGAACAUAUUUACAGGAGAGGAAGCGUGACGCGCGGGGUGAAGAUGUCUGUGGCCGGGCUGAAGAAACAGUUCCACAAAGCCAGUCAGCUCCUCAGUGAAAAGAUCAGCGGGGCCGAAGGCACGAAGCUGGAUGAAGACUUCAUGGAGAUGGAGAGGAAAAUUGAGGUCACCAACAAGUCCGUGUUUGAUCUCUUGUCCAAAACAACAGAAUACCUCCAGCCUAACCCAGCCUCCCGGGCCAAACUGAACAUGCUGAACACCGUAUCUAAGAUCCGCGGGCAGGUGAAGACCACGGGCUACCCUCAAACAGAAGGCCUGCUGGGAGACUGCAUGCUGCGCUACGGUCAUGAACUGGGACAGGAGUCCGUCUUUGGCGGCUCUCUGGUGGACAUGGGUGAGGCCAUGAGGCAGAUGGCAGAUGUGAAGGACUCCCUGGACAUAAACGUCAAACAAAACUUCAUCGACCCCUUGCAGCAUUUACAGGACAAGGACCUCAAGGAGAUCACGCAUCAUCUUAAGAAGUUGGAGGGCCGCAGGUUAGACUUUGACUAUAAGAAAAAGCGUCAGGGGAAGAUCCCAGACGAGGAGAUCCAACAGGCCGUGGAGAAGUUUGAGGAGAGCAAAGAGCUGGCAGAGCGGAGCAUGUUCAACUUCCUGGAGAAUGAUGUGGAGCAGGUGAGCCAGCUGUCAGCAUUGAUUGAGGCAGCAGUAGAUUAUCACCGGCAGUCGUGUGAAAUCCUGGAGGAGCUCAGUGGAAAGCUGCACAAGAGGAUGUCCACAGCCAGCUGCCGGCCCAAGAGAGAGUUCAAAUCCAAAUCCAUCAGGAGCAGGAUCGAGACCUUGGACAACAGUCAGCAUAACGGCCUGUCCUACAGCUCCUCGCUUAAAUCCACCGAUAUCCAGAUCAACAACACGGUCAAUGGAAAAACUGAUCAUAUAACCUCUGCUCCACUGUCAUGGCCUGAGAGCCCCUCCACCAAUGGCAAUAUUCACCAGUCCGAUGUGCUGGACCAGCCGUGCUGUCGCUCCCUCUACGACUUUGAACCCGAGAACGAGGGCGAGCUGGGCUUCAAGGAGGGCGACAUCAUAAUCCUCACCAACCGAAUAGACGAGAACUGGUAUGAAGGAAUGAUCAACGGCGAGUCCGGCUUUUUCCCCGUCAACUACGUGGAGGUUAUAGUUCCACUGCCACAGUGAAGAUGGACACGGAGUCCUCCACAGACUCCCUCCUGCCCUGUCACACCCAGCCUCCAUCCUCAGCUCUACUCGGUCAGCACAGGGGGGCCAGCACAGCCCGAGCGGAUGAUCUUCAAACUGAGCUAGAGAAGUACAGUAGUGGUUUUGUCUCAAGCUGACUUAAGAUCAAUUAUCGUUGAUUAGAUUGUUUUUGUUUUGUUUUUGUUGAUAUUUACGAACCUAAAGCCAAUUGAAACCCAAGCCAUUAAGUGGGACAGAACUCCCGAUUGGUCUGACUGAAAAAGUCUAGCCUUAUCAAACCUUGUAAUCCAUCCUUCCAGUCCCUCAGGUGACCCUGCUCGAUGUUGAUGCUGAUCCAAGUUUAUCCUUUAUGAGCGUUCUGUCAGUUUCUGCCCCCGUUACCACAAGUGAAGGCUCCUCCACUCAGCUCUCAGUAAAGUGGUGGAUAUCAGGACUGCUUUAAUGACAACAAAAUGAUAAUGUCACAUAAGGGACAUUUCAAUCCAUGCAGUUUGAAAUCCCAUUGCAUUCUACCAUAGAUACCCCCAAAGAGUGAUUCUCGUGUCAUCACAAAUGCAAAGUGGUUAGCCUGAAGUGCUAAGAGUUGGUAAGCUCAAUUAACCCCAGGUAUCAAGC